AAAGCGGAGUGGGCGCAGAUCGGCAUACCUACCUAUCUCCAUAUCAGGCAGAGUAACCGAAAUUCCCAAAGUCCAGUCCAGUCAUUUCGACGGAACUAACGUGUUGGUCAUUUGUGUGUUGUUGUUGCUGUUGUUGUUUGUUGUUGUUGCCAAAUUACAAGAUGUUUAGCAGUCAACAACUACUGCUUCUGGGCUUGAUGCUGUGCUUUGGCUUGGUGUGUGGAGAUGAGGCGCCUGAGACAAUGCCUGACGUCAUCAAGGAGGAUGUGAUAAGCGAUCGGUUUGAGAACACCACACAGAAGGUGAUUCGAGUGAACCCAUUGGACCUGCCAUCGAAGAAGGAUCACACUGGGAACAGCAUGAACUCGGCCGUCAUCCAGGUACAGACAUUGCGUCCGGGCACUCAACGCAAGUACUUGGACUCGAGGCGCAUGCGUCGCCCACGUCCGGCUCCUCUAACUGGUGAAGAAGUGCCCGUAUUGAAAUAUGCGCCGGAACUAAAACCUUUUCCCAAGCAGAAAAUGAAACAGCAGAAGCAGCUACAGUUCAUCUUCGACCAGGCAAGCAGCCGAAACAAUAAUCUGGGCCUGGCUAGCCAAGCGUUGCCCGUCGAGGUCACCCCUGGUGCCUAUCCGAUCUACUAUGUGGUCGCCAAGACAAACGGACGCUUCGGCAAGUUCCCCAUUAAGGCCUUCGGCUCCCCAGCCGCCUUCAACAAGUAUCUGCUAAAAAGCAAGGCGGAACCCAUACCACGUGCCCAGCGCUACGAACGUCGGUAGUUCCAACAGCUUGUGAUUUUUAUGCGCUGUUUAUUGUCUAUGCUUAGUUAAAUUAUUCAUAAUAAUUAUAAUUGGUAAUUACUUCCAUUACUUCUACUUAUAACAAAAUACAAUAUACUCGUAUGUUUGUAUGUACGUAUCUCUACUUAACCGCAAGUUGCCAAAUAAAAAACGCCUCAUUUAA